ACAAACCCUAGUUCCGGUUGCGGGACGUCAGAACAUAUGACCGGAAAGCAAUCAUAUGACCAGUGUUUACAAAAAAAACAAAAAAAAACCAACAACCAACAACUUGAUUCCAUUCACACAGACGCCGCUUGAUAUACACACGACAUUGUAGUUUAUACGGUGAUCAUGAGGCUUGUGAUUCUUGAUGACUAUGACCAAGCAAGCAAAUGGGCUGCCAAAUACAUCCGCAACCGUAUUAUCCAGUUCAAGCCCAGUGCACAAAGAUACUUUACUCUGGGUCUGCCCACAGGAAGCACGCCACUGGGGUGUUACAAGAACCUGAUAGAGUAUUACAAGAGUGGAGACCUCUCCUUUAAAUAUGUGAAGACUUUUAACAUGGAUGAGUAUGUGGGUCUGCCUAGGGACCAUCCGGAGAGUUACCAUUCCUACAUGUGGAACAACUUCUUCAAACAUAUUGACAUCGAACCACAGAAUACCCACAUUCUGGAUGGCAAUGCGACUGACCUGCAGGCUGAGUGUGAUUCUUUUGAACAGAAGAUAACAGCUGCAGGGGGCAUUGAGUUGUUUGUAGGAGGAAUUGGACCAGAUGGGCACAUUGCCUUUAAUGAGCCUGGUUCCAGUCUGGUGUCGAGGACGCGAGUGAAGACGCUGGCUAAGGACACUAUAGUGGCCAACGCUCGCUUCUUUGGAAAUGACUUGUCUAAAGUCCCCAGCAUGACUCUCACUGUUGGUGUGGGCACAGUUAUGGAUGCUAGAGAGGUUAUGAUCCUGAUCACGGGAGCACACAAAGCCUUUGCCUUAUAUAAAGCCAUAGAAGAAGGGGUGAACCACAUGUGGACUGUAUCUGCCUUCCAGCAGCACCCUCAUACCAUCUUUGUGUGCGACGAAGACGCCACACUCGAGCUCAGGGUCAAGACUGUAAAGUAUUUUAAAGGGUUGAUGCACGUUCACAAUCAGCUGGUUGAGCCGACACACAGCAUGAAGGACUAUAAGGAUUAAGGCCAGGGAAUUAAGCGGAUUUGCAUCAGUUUGCCGUCGUGGAAAGUGGUUUCAGAGAUGACUCAAGCCCCCAAGGCUCACAAAGGUACCUGACACACCAGUGAUGUGUAGAUUACAGGUUUGCAUCACAUUAAUGUUUACUUGCAAAACAGCAAAUGCAAUCUCUUGUCUGCCAAUUUGUAACCAUCGGUAAGACAAAUAUUAUAAAGAACAGGAGGGAAUGAGUUUGAAGGCAAGUUUUGUUAGACAUGUCAUAAUUUCAUUUCAUAAGACAUUUCUGGCCUUUCACUGUUACUGAAGAAAGACCUCUUGUGUAAAACACCGUUUUAAUUCACUCCUGUGUUUAACACUAUUUGUCCAUGGUGAAUAUAAUGUGCCUUGAAGUGCUAUUAUUGUAUUGAAAUGAUAAGUUCAAGACAUUUCUUGUACUUAAUCAUUUAUUUCAAAAUGUGUAUGGGUCAUCGAUAAGGAAAAUAUUGUUCACAUGAGAUCUGGUUUAAGUUACUUGAACAGACCUUUCCCUUCAAAUGUCUUAAAACACACACAUUUAAGUAUUUCCAAGCCUAACCUACAGUGAAUGUAUCUGGUGCUCAUGUACAUUUCAGACCCGUAUAUUUUGGGUUCAUGUUGGUGAAAAUUACAGUUUAAAAAGACAAUUUCACUAUAAGGCCCUUUCUGUAGCCCUGACCUGGAGAAACCUUGAUUCUGCUAAUUAAUAUACUGAGGCAUUUAAGUCAAAUCCAACCAAAGUUAUAGGCUAAAUUCAAAAUGACUUCCUACUCUCUAUGUAGUGUGCUAUUUGUGGCUUGAAAUAGUGCCUUUUACACUCUUGGUAUUACAAUAUAUAUUAUAUAGGGAGCCAUUUUGGAUUAAACCAUAAUCUACAUGGAUUUGUUUCAGGCAUGCUAUAGACCAAUCCAUCCCCAGAACCUUAAGUGAUUGACAGCUUUAUUUGGGACCAGCAUCAGUGGUGUUUUUUCCAAAAAUUAUUUCCCAAAUUUCCUUAUUAGCUUGACGUUUAUAACUAUGGGCCACUACCGUUGACAUACUCGCGCAGCUGUGUGAAAAACAGCAGCUCAUAAAGCCUGAUCCAGUAAAUGUAAACAUUUCAACAUCAUAAAUCCAACUGAGCCUAUUUUAUAAUGACGGUUUAGAAUGUUCCCAACACAUGUACACUCCUCGUUAUUACUGUGUUGGCUGCUGUUUUAUUGUUAUAGCAAACCCAUUUUACUUUCUUUAUUCCUAGUGUUUAGACAUGUUACUGCAUGGAACGUUACUCUAGAGUUAUGUUGCGCAAGAUAUUGACAUUGAUUUGAUUAAACUAUACCAUACCUUUGAAA